ACCAGCCUGGCUCUCUCUUGUAACUUUUUUUCCCAGCUGAGGAAUGAUGGCCUCCCUGGGGAUUCCUGAAUUCAAGACCUCCGGGGUUGCAGCUCUAACAAUGAUAAUCAUGCUGAGGAGCCACGUGGCUCUUUGCAGAGAUCCUCCAGGCCAUUUCCUGCUGCAGCGUAAACACGAGUGUCACUACACAAAUGGCACCGAGCAGGUGAGGUACCUGGACAGGUUCAUCUGGGACCAGCAGGAGAUCUGCUACUAUGACAGUGAGGUGGGUUUCUACGUGGCCCGCACAGACCUGGGCCAGGCAAUCGCUGAGUAUUGGAACAGGAUGCAGUGGCUCAGCUACCUGUGGGCUUCGAGGGAGAAAUACUGCAGUUAUAACCGGAGGAGGUUUCAAAGGCUGAUGGACAGGAGAGUUAAGCCUAGAGUGAAAAUUUUUCCUGUGCAAAGAGAGCCAUUGGGCCAUACCAACAAGCUGGCUUGUUCUGCAACAAGGUUUUAUCCCUCUGAAAUCAAGAUCAGGUGGUUCAAAAAUGGGCAGGAGGAGACAGACAAAGUUGUAUAUGAGGACCUCCUCCCAAAUGGAGAUUGGUCUUUCCAGAUCGUGGUCACUUUGGGAAUUAUACCCAAGCAAGGGGAUAUCUAUACGUGCCAGGUGGAGCAUGUCAGCCUACCAGUACCCAUCACCGUGGAGUGGGAAGCACACUCUGGAUCUGGUGUGGGCAAGAAGGUGACUGGAACUCUGGGCUUUGUCCUGGGUUUAGGCUUCACUGUGGUGGGACUCGUCGUCUAUCAGAAGAAAAAGAAAGGACUCCUGUGCCUGUCUGCUGCAGCCUCAGAGGAAGCUGACACAGAAAGGGACACGCUGCUGGGUGACUAGGUGUUGGUAGUAGGAAGAGGAGAUGGUACUUCAGAAGACCAGCAGCUAUCUCACUUGCUGGAGCCACGUUCUGACAGGAGAGCUGUUAUUCAUUGACCCGCAUUAAGAUGAGAGUCCAUGGGAGAGGACUUUCUGGCCUAAUGGGCAACAAGUGUGGACAGACUGCGUGGAGGUCAGACAGAGGCUACCAUGGGCCAUGGUGGAAAGGACACAGCUCAGAACGGGAUGUGACUGUCUGAAUGAUAGUUGGGAGGAAAUCUCACCUCUCUCUCCACUGAUGACAGAGUAAGCCCAAGGCGCUGAUUUAGACGAGAUUUCCAAUUCUAGACAGCUAAAGUUAAGUGAGUCAAACCUCAUUGCAGGUGCCAAACACAACAGUCUACGCAGGCUAUUCCACACAUGUAGACAUAUGUUCAUACCCUUCUUGUCAGCCUUGCUGCUCUGAUUGUCAGGUAGGUCAGUGGGUCCUAGAGUCCUCUCAUGCCUGUAUUUGGGGUGGGAUUAAGUUCCAGAUUUAGUCUACCUGUAUGCUGAGUGUUCAAACACCCAUUGCAGUCAAAGGACAUCUAAGGCUCAUUGCCUUGCCUAAACAAAAAGCAUUUAGUGCAAUACGGAGGCCAUGGGUACCUCAGACAUCUAAAAGACGGCUGAUUGGUCCGGCAAAGAAUCUAUGGGUGAAUUGUGCACUUCUGGAGGAGCAAGUGGAGGCCAAAUAGGAUAUCCCAGGGCAUUUAAAAUUCACUAGACGUGCCUGUCUGGGCUGCUGAAUAGAGCCCCUGGUAAAUUCACCCAAAGGAGAUUGUAGAGGGAUUCAGCCUAUGUAGGAGCGGACAUUUACAUGUGCACAGCUGAACUGCUCUCCAGACUCCACGAGUGCGUGGGCUAGCUCCUCACUGACUACAGCAAGCACUCAAACACGUAGCUAAUGUAGACACCUGCGUGUAGACACCCACAUGUGGGACUGAAACCAACCUUUGGUUUCCUUGUAAUUCAGAGCCUCGAGGAGCAAUGCUGAAAUCAUCCACAGAAUCAAAAAGAGAUCCACUCUGGAGGGUUGCCGCACUUCCCACAGCAAAAUGAGGUAGAAACUGGAUGUUUGUUGUUGCCCCCACGUAGCUUCCCAUUUGGAGGUUUCCAGCUCAGGAGUGUUAGAGAAUGCCCAAGCACUCCUGCACAGGGCAUUUUGCCCUGUGAUUCCCCAUUUCUGCUCUUCCUCUUCCUAGAAUGUAUUGACAUUUACAGACCGCUACCCCAAUGCAGAAGACUACUAAAGACACAAACACAUUUCUCCCAGGGUUAUUUUUCUCUAGGGAAUCCAGAUGCUUCCCAGGUGCCUGGUAAUAGAGUACAAAAUAGUCUGCUAUUAAAAUUCAAAAGCAAAGAAAAUAGCCCUUCCCUGCAGGCUUUCUUUCUAUGAGGCAUUUCUGAUGAGAAUCCAGAAUCUCUGCAGAGGCCUGGCAUGCGAAAUCCAAAUUAUAUAGCUAACAGUCCCCUUUUUAGAAGUGGCUGCUUGAAGCACAAAAUCCCUCUGCAGUUCCUCUUGUGACAAGAGGUAGCUCCUUCUAUUCAGUCCUCUCUUCUCAGCGUGCCUUGGGCUGGAGGCCUCCAAAACUUGUAAGCUGGGGGCUACCACUCCCAGGAUCUUCCUGGCUCUGGAGAGAGCCCGUCUUCUACACGUAUGAAGCACCCUGGAUGGUCCGUGGCAGAACCAUCCCCUUGCUUUCUCCCAGACCCCGGGAAAAACCCUAGGGCUGUGCCUAUCCUUUCAUCCCCAUCUCUGGAGCUUUCCCACUGACAUCUCAAAGGGUUUCACAAGGGCACAUCAAAAACUACACAUUCUGGGCUAUUUCGUCAUGGGGACAGGUUUAAAAUGAGUCAUGGUCAUUUUCCUGAAUUACUCACACAGCAGAGUUUUUCCACACAGUGAGCCAUAAUGAACCCAUAGGUGGAGAAGACAAUUAUGAGUGGUUUAAAGCUGUGCCUAAUUCCCCUCCUCUCUAAAAGGGAGACAAUAAUUCCCUUUUCUCGCAGAGGUGUGUGACGAUUUAAUCACAAUGGGAGCUGUGUAUUUAUAGAUUUUAAAGACACCACUAUGAUUAUAUUGUCCCACCUUCUGCAUAACAAAGGGCAAAGAACAUCAGCCAUUAAUUUCUGUAUCAAGUUUAUAAUUUUUGCUUGAGUUUGUAGUACAUGUCUUAGAAA